AUGAAAAUAAAAGCUAAUAAUAAUAUUAUAAGUGAUAAGGUACUUAAGGCUGAAAGCUUAAUGAAAAACUAUAAAGAUACUCUUUUAGCUCUAAGCAUUCAAAAAUUAGUAGAAGCUUUUCCGAAAUGCGGAAAAGCUGAACUAUCAAAAGCAAAAAAAAUAGUUCAAGCAGAACAAGUGCUUGUAGCUAAUGGAUAUGAUACAAAUGAUCAUCAAGAGGAUGAUGAUGAAGCAGAAGAAGAAGAAAGUGAAGCAGAAGAAGAGGAUCCAGUUGUUUCUAAGAAGAAGAAGAAAGCAAAACACCAUCACAAUGAAAGUGAUGUCUUAUCAAGCUGCGCAGAUAUUAGUGGAAGAAAUGUAUUCGAUCACAACAUUAUAGCAAGGGAAAAUAAUGUUUACCUAAUUACUCGGAAGAUACAUUGCAUAGUCAAUGUCAACUUUGAAAGUUCUAAGGGUGGAAGGCUUAUCUACACUUUUGAAACGGAUACGGUUCUUAGCUCUGACCAUACUUGUAUGACCAAUCUAUUAAAAGUAGAUCCUGAACACAAGGAUAUGCAAUGGUUCAAGAAAAAAGUAUAUCCCAUUACCAUCGAUUUCACUCUUCCAGAUGGUACCGAAAAAGACAAAGAAAAAAUAGAAUAUAAUAAUAAUAAUAACACCACAUACGCACAAAUGGUGAAUUUAGUAGUUAAUUCAGGUCAUAUAAAACCAUUCGCAAAAGGAAUACAAUAUCUUGCAAAGUUAUGUGAAGAAUUCAAUAUUCAAAUAGAACCAGAUAAAAUAAGAUUUAAAGCAUGUAAUACAGCAAAAUCUGCAUAUAUAGAGAUAUUGAUGACAAAGGAUUUCUUUGAUGACUAUCGGUUGUCGGAGCGCGAUCUUUCGUUAAACGUUAGAGUAAAGUCGAAGCAUUGUCAUCAGGUGUUCCACUCGCUUGGCACAAUCGAGAAAUGUGCAUUGGUUGUCGGAAACGGUGAAUCAAAGGUUACCUUUCAUCUGCUGUGUAACAAGAAGAUAAAGAAGACCUAUAAACUGAACUAUGAGGAUAUCGAUAUGCUCAAUCCCGUAAUGGACAAUGAAUUCGACGUGCGAAUGGUCAUCAGACCAAAGAUCAUUGUCGAUGCACUCGCUCAUUUUGCACAAUCACUCGAAGAGAUUUCAUUGAAUCUCAGAAAAGACGUUAUCAUAUUCAGUACUUAUUUAGGUGAAGAGAGUGGAAAGAUUGCACCAGAGAAAGCUUUACAAACAGAGAUCAAGUUGGAUGUUGCAGAUUUCGAUGAGUAUGCAUCGGAUGGCAGAAACAUCGAUCUUACAUUCUCGUUCAAAGAGUUCAAAACUAUCAUAUCGUUCUGUGAGACAAUCAGUCAUCCAAUCACUUUUUACGUUAAGCAAAAUGGAAAUGCGCUGAAAUUCCAUACAAGAUAUAGUGAUAGUUAUAUGAUACAAUUCUUAAUUGCAUGUUUCCAAACACCUGGAACUAUUAAUGCUAAUUCAUCUUCUACACCAUCAUCUGGAUCUUCGUCAUCUUCCGUACAACAACAUCAUCAUCAGCAACAACAACAACAACAACAAUAUCAUCAACAGCAGCAGCAACAACAACAACAGCAUUUAAAUAGAGAUAACAGUAACAAUCAAUUUCAAUUACAAAAUUAUAGUGGAUCAAGUAAUCAUUCAGCAUCACAUUUCGAUAAGUCAGUUGCAACACCACAUCCUUCACCACAUCAUCAUCAACAUCAAAAUAACCAACAACAGCAUCACCAAUAUCAAAAUCAAAAUCAAAUGAUGAUAGACAACGAUAGUUCAUAUUAUCAUUCAUUAUCCACCAAAGAUUAUGAUAAUGAACAUGAUAUCGAUAUGAUGCCACCAAUGGAUUAUGCGUCACCACCAAGCACGAUGGCAUCAGGUAUGUCAAAGGCCAAUGAAAAUCCACUGUCUGUUGGUCUUCGUGGACACAAUCUCAAUGUCGACGAUGAAGACGAAGAAGACGAUGAAGAUUACGAUAACAUUGCUUCUGACAAUGAUCAAAGUGUUCAACCAAAUCAAUGUAAUUAUCAAACGGUUACAGAUUCAAUAUUAGAUAUAAUCAGUGGAAAUACACAUCCUAAUUUGAAAUGUAUGCAUAUUACAUUUAUAAUUGAUUCAGCUGGGCUUGAUCAAUUUGAACAAAGAGUGAUAGAUGCACUUUCAACAAACAACACUCUACGUUCAUUUUCUUACAAUACUGUUUGUGAUGAAACUAUUAGUCCACCGACUACUUUGCGAUUUCCAACUUAUUGUUAG